AUGGAUUGUGUGCUUGUUUUAACACUUGCAACUGGUGGUCAAUUAAAAUAUCCAUUACGAUUUGUUAAACUUGAUACACCACCAGAUGAUGAAAUUACACUUGAAGCUGUUGGUCUUAAUAAAGUAUCUACUAUUGGUUUUCGUUUAUAUAGUCCACUAGAUUCGCCAAUUCCAUUUGAAGCUUAUUUUACAUCAAAUAGUGAUCGAGCAUUUAAUAUAACACCAAAUUGUGGUGAAUUAUUACCAGCAAGUUCAAAUGGUACUUUAUUAAAAAUAUCAUUUUGUCCAACUGUUUAUGGACGAACGUUCAAUGGCUUAUUAAUUGUGAAUGCACAAGAACAUCAAUGGAAAUAUGUUGUUCAUGGUGUAUUACCACAUUAUGAACCACCAAAAAAUCGUUCAAGCUUACCAUCUGUUAAUAGUGAUGAAUAUGCUAGUCGACGAGCAGAAGCUAAGAAACGAAAUUUUAUUCUUGAAAAUCUUCAACUUCAUCAAACAGCUAUCUCAUCACCAAUAAAAGGUGCAUCUGUGUUAACAAAACCAAACGAAACAACCAGUGUUUGA